AUGUUACUUUCCGUAUUUACGAAGCAGUUGCCAGUCAUCGGUGCACUUAUUACAAGCGCAUCCUGCCAUGGAUUUGUGCAGUUCAUUGUUGCCAAUGGCAAGAACUAUACCGGCUGGGACCCAGGUUUCCGCUUUCAAAAUCCACCACCAAGCAUCCCAGGCUGGACAGCGGAUAAUCCAGAUAUCGGUUUCGUCAGUCCCGAAUCAUUCGCCAACCCGGACAUCAUCUGUCACAAAGCGGCCACGCCGGGUCAGGCAUAUGUGGACGUAACCGCGGGUAGCACAUUGACACUUCAGUGGUUCACGUGGCCAGACAGCCAUAAAGGACCUAUCAUCGACUACUUGGCUGAUUGCGGCACAGCCGGCUGCGCUGAAGCCAAGAAGGAAAGCCUGAAGUUUGUUAAGAUUGCACAGGCCUCUUGGAAAUCUGGCAACGAUUGGGCUUCGGAUGAUCUGAUAAGGAACCAAUUCAAGUGGCAGGUCAAGAUUCCGGCAACCCUAAAGUCAGGUCACUAUGUGUUACGCCACGAGAUAAUUGCCCUCCAUGGUGCCUCCAACGUUGAUGGCGCUCAGGCAUACCCGCAGUGUAUCAACCUACACGUUACGGGUGCCGGAUCUAAGUCUAUUAGCGGCGGCGUGCCCGCUACCAAGUUUUAUAAAGAGAACGAUCCGGGCAUUUUAUUUAAUAUUUACGGAGAGAUCACUAGUUACCCUGUACCGGGCCCUAGUAGUAUUUGGACUGGCUCAUAA